UCGCCUGGUGGAAGGGACUGAAAUGUCCUUCAUAUAAACCGGUGACAAAGUGGCGAGCAGCGGCCCCCGGGCAGCAGAGAUCACAGCCGGCACAGAGAGAGACAGACACAGACAGACAGACAGACAGACAGAGAGAGAGAGAGAGAGAGGGACAGAGAGAAGAGGAGGAGACCGGAGCACCGAGCAUCGCGAACAGGCGCUGGAUCCAACAGCAACGCACCGGGAGACACGGAGACAACACUGAGCCACAGGAGGAGCGCAGAAAACAGAGGGAACUAAUCCGGACAGAGCAUCACUUAACCCACCGACAGACGUGUUUGUGGCUGCAGAGAUGGGUGUCACCUCUCGCCCCCUGCUAUUGGUUUGCGUGUGUUUGGUGGCCGCGCUGAUUGGCGGAGCUCACUCCGAGGGGGUGUGUCUCCAAGACGGCAAACACAAGGCCACGCCCAGCCCGGAGCCGCACCUGAGGGAGUGUGCGCUGUACUCUGACAAUAGCUGCUGCAUGGAUGAAGACAUCCAGGAUAUCUCCCAUGUUCCCUCUGUCCUCAACAAGAAUGAGCCAUGGGACAAGUGUGGCCCUCUGAGCUCUGAGUGUGAAGGCUUCCUGAAGCGCGUGUCGUGUUUUUACCGCUGCUCCCCUGAUGCCGCGCGCUGGCCCCAUCCCCACCGCCGCUCGUACAUCCAGGCUGUGCCGCUCUGCCACAGCUUCUGCCGUGAUUGGUUUGACGCCUGCAGGAUGGACAUGACAUGCGCUCGUAACUGGGCCAGAGACCCCAGAGGGCAGAACUGCACUGGAACCUGUGUUCAGUAUCAGCAGAUGUACCAGCACGGCAGGGAUCUCUGCGAGAGCCUGUGGGGAGACGCCUUCAUGACGGUGGAGGAUGAGCCUGAGGAGGUGGGGGAGACCGGAGAGGUCGAGGGUGACGGCGGUCGCCCCUGCGGCUGCCUCACCCUCAGUCCUUCGGACAAGGACGUGAUCGCCGCCCUCAGGGCCCAGCAAGACGACCCCGAGGAGCUGGACACCACCAAGUCCGGCCUGCCUCAGUACCGGGCCCCUUGCCAGACCAAGCUGCCCCUGCAGGCCAGGGGUGGCAGGAAGGGUAACUCCGUGUUACGCAAGCGCUCGGUGAUGGUAGAUGAUAUGGAGGGGAGCGGAAGCGGCUUGUAGAGAGAAGCGAUAGAUGGUGCUGUAUGUAGAGAUAACUGUGUAGAACCUAAUAAACAAAAUCUAUCUCUUGGAAUGGAGAAGUAACAUUUGCUCCUGUAACUAACCCUACCACACCAACCUAAGCUGUCAUUAACAUCAUCGUCAUCACAUUCCACAUAUUAUCCGCGUGGUUUCAAAUAAUACUAAAUCUGGUAUAAGAUAAACGUCCAAGCUUAAAAUGCCUGGUCCAUUUUUUGGGCGAUUUAAACACCCAGGAUUUAAAAUAAAAACAGUUACUAUUAAAGAUGCCACAACUGAAUGAUAAAGUCAAGUAUUUAAAUUCUGCAAGGGCUCUGACUUCAAUAACAACUAUAUUUAUAAUAUCCAAUAAUGGCUGAACAGAUGUUUUCUUGCCAGUAAAAUGGUGUGUGUUUUUUUUAACAAGAUCUUUAUCAAAAUCAGGUAUUUUCUUUUCUUUGUAGGGCUCAGUAAACAAAUACGGAAGCUGAAAAAAUGGCCCUGCUCGCAAUUAUUUAGCUAUCUUGGGUUCAUGAAUUAGUUGUUUUGCUAUCUUGAAAAAAUAACAAAGCUUGCUUUCUCAAGAAAGCAAAGUGAUUAACUUUAAAAGCGUGGUCGUCCUCGGCUUCCGUAAAAACACAUACGAACCUUGCAUGUGGGAAGCCUUGAGUCCUGCAGUGUUGGCACUUGUGCAUGAGUCAAACAUGUCAUCAUUAACCAGACGAGUCUCCCUGACUGUAUUGUAAACACGACGUAUCUGCACCAGUGCUUCUUCAUUACCCUGCUACUCCUUUUAACCAUCUAAUCUGUGCAUUAGUCAGUUGUUAAACGCAGAUCUUGCUGUUGUGAUGGCGUAUCGUGCAGCCUACACGUCAUAAGAUAUAUGAGGUAUAUGAUAGGGGAGAAGGUCGUACAGAAUAUUGAUAAUAAUGAAUGUAACUUAGGUUUUCUAGCAGAGACCACUGGCCAGACAUGAGGGGACCUGGUAUGAUAAUGACCAAGGAAGGUUUAAUCGGGGUCAAAAGUUCUGCCUGCCAGAGUGAAUCCGCAGAGGCAGCUCUCAUACCAGUUGUGGUUAUGCUCUGGUAGUUUGAUCAUGUAUGUCAUCACUGUACACCGUGGACGUUUCUUUUAUAAUCAUGUUGUGUAUUUCUAGAGUGAGGCACUGUUAGAUGUAAAUGUUUUGUAAUAAAAGGAAAACUGAUUUGUCCGAGUUACGGUGAGCUCGCUUGAAAUGGGUGUUUCUGUGCUUUACGUUCGAAAUAAAAACAACAUUUCUAA